UUCUUUCUCCCUCCACCCUUACAUUCUCUUUUUCUCUCUCUACACUCACCCAUGGACGACUCCCACAACAGGAAGCGACUUCGCCACCACUCCCACUCCCACUCCCCAAAGCACCCCCGACUUUGUUCUAACUCCUCCGACACUCACCCACUUGACUCGCCCCAGUUUCAACUCUCCCGCGUCGACCCGGACCUUCUCAACAUGCUCAAUGAUGCCGAGAACGUCACGGAGCGUGACCCUACCAUGCAGGGUCUUGACUCUGUUAUUAAGAGUUUCGAGGAAGAAAUACUUUCUCCGCUUCCGAACCCGAAUCUAGCGUCCGAAGCAGAGGUGUUUAAUCCGAACCUAGGGUACUUGUUGGAAGCAUCCGACGACGAGCUAGGGUUGCCGCCGGCGGUAGCGCCCGGCGAGGAUGCGACAAAUCCCCAAACACUUGAUUCGGGCCGGGUUGGAUCUGACGGAGUGGAUCUGACUGGGUUCCUAGGGUUUGAAGAUGAUAUCGUGAACUGCGGAGGGUUUGGGUUAACUGGUUACGAUGAUGUGGAAGGUGACGGUGGUGGUUAUGUGACGAUAGAUGGAUUGUUUGACUAUGCGGAACCCGGUGCCGAUAUUCUGUGGCGAUCGGAGUCGUUGCAGGCGAUGUAGUUGGUUGGAAAGAUUAAUUAAUUAAUUAAUUAAUUAACAUUUGGCUAAUGAAGGUGUACAAAGAGAUAUCUAGGAAUUACGUCCCACAGAUAACAUAAGUGGGUUAGAUUAGAUGUCAAUUUAUUUUAGUUCUUGGCUAAAGACUUGUUCUUUAAUCUUCUUUUAGCAAAAAUGUUGCUUAAAUGGGAAUCUAGAAAUGGUUAAAAUUAAAAUCCUUGCUGUCCUUAGUGAAACUGGAGAAUGAUCUAUAAUAGAACCAGAUUUUCAAUCCUUUUAUGUUUUU